AUGGGGGCAGUAUGAAUUUCCCGCGAAACCAAUUUGACUGGCGCGCGCUCACGAUCACUCCGUAUUUUGAUAGGGCCUAGACUUGAAAGCACAGCUUGUGAAGUUCUGAUUCAACAAACCGGCCGAUUUUUGCCGCAAACCUGAGCCAAAAUGGGAAUACACAAUCUAGCUCGAUUGAUUGCUGAUCAUGCACCGGCUGCAAUGAAAGACAAUGAAAUCAAGAAUUAUUUCGGCCGCAAAAUAGCCAUCGAUGCCUCCAUGUGCAUCUAUCAGUUUCUCAUCGCAGUACGACAGGACGGCUCGCAGCUGACCAACGAUGAAGGAGAAACAACCAGCCAUCUGAUGGGUAUGUUCUACCGGACAAUUCGCAUGGUGGAGAAUGGAAUCAAGCCAGUUUACGUCUUCGACGGCAAACCGCCGGACCUGAAAUCGGGCGAGCUGACGAAACGCAAGGAGCGUCGCAGCGAAGCGGAGAAGGAGCUUGAGAAGGCCAAGGAGCUCGGCGACAGCGCCAACGUGGAGAAGUUUGAGCGUCGCCUGGUCCGCGUCACUGCCCAGCACAACGACGAGUGCAAGGACUUGCUGAAACUGAUGGGCAUUCCUUCCGUAACGGCCCCCAGUGAAGCUGAGGCCCAGUGCGCCGCAUUGGUGAAAGCCGGCAAAGUUUACGCAGUCGGCACAGAAGACAUGGACGCGCUUACGUUUGGCGGGACCGUUCUUUUGAGGCAUCUCACGGCCAGCGAAGCUAGGAAGUUACCCGUGCAAGAAUUCAAUCUUCCAAGGGUGCUAAACGGACUUGGGCUCUCGCAAGACGAGUUUGUGGACCUUUGCAUCCUGAUGGGUUGCGACUAUUGUGGCAGUAUUAAAGGCAUUGGACCCAAGAGAGCCAUUGACCUUAUCCAGAAGUACAAAUCCAUCGAUGAAAUCCUCAAAAAUAUUGACACAAAGAAACAUCCUCCACCUGAGGAUUGGCUGUACAGAGAGGCUAGGCAACUCUUCAUCAAGCCUGAAGUUGCAGAGGCAGCUGAAAUUGAUCUGAAAUGGACAGAGCCCGAUGAGGAAGAACUCAUCAAGUUUAUGUGCGAACAGAAAGGAUUUAGUGAGGAUCGCAUCAAGAAUGGAAUCAAGAAAUUGAUGAAGGGGAGGCAAGGAUCAACCCAAGGCAGACUGGAUAGUUUCUUCAAGGUUGUAACUCCGACAGGACCCGCGAAGAGGAAGAUUAAUGAUACAAAAGGAUCUCAGAAGAAAAAACCAAAGACUGGCGGCGGCAGCUUCAAGAAACCAAGAUAACGAGAGAGGAUUGACUUUCA